UACAGUUUGUACAGCUGUGCGCUCGCGGCUGGUCUCUGUUCCUCCUCGUACGCGCCACCGCAGAAACCAUUUCCCAAAACGAAUAAAUUACAGAGAAACAAAGCUUCUUCACCAAAAUCAAGUUUCUUCCUUCCUUCGAUUUAUUCCUGUUUUAUUCUAUUCUUCUUCUCAAUCUCUUCUAGGGUUUGUUUUGUGCGAACGUAAUGAUGGCAGAGUCCCGGGAGGAUAACGUCUACAUGGCGAAGCUCGCUGAGCAGGCUGAGAGGUAUGAGGAAAUGGCGGAGUUCAUGGAGAAGGUUACGGAGAUGGCGACGGAGAAUGGGGAGCUUUCCAUUGAAGAGCGAAAUCUCCUCUCGGUAGCCUACAAAAACGUGAUCGGCGCACGCCGGGCUUCGUGGAGGAUCGUGUCGUCGAUAGAGCAGAAGGAGGAGAGUCGCGGGAAUGAUGAUCACCUCGCCGCUAUCAAGGAAUUUAGGGCUAAGAUCGAGUCGGAGAUAACAUCCAUUUGUGGCAGAAUACUCAAGCUGCUGGAAUCUCACCUCCUCCCCUCGGCAUUGUCCAAUGACUCCAAGGUCUUUUUUCUAAAGAUGAAGGGCGACUACCAUCGAUAUCUUGCCGAGUUCAAGACCGGAUCUGAACGCAAGGAGGCCGCCGAUAACACGCUUUCCGCCUACACAUCUGCCCAGGACAUUGCUACGGCAGAGCUUGCACCGAUUAAUCCGAUUCGCUUGGGACUCGCGCUCAACUUUUCCGUGUUCUACUAUGAGAUAUUGAACGCUCUUGAUCGGGCUUGCGCUCUUGCGAAGCAGGCAUUUGAUGAUGCGAUCGCUGAGCUGGACACUGUUGGCGAAGAAUCAUAUAAGGACAGCACUCUGAUCAUGCAACUCCUCCGAGAGAACCUCACUCUCUGGACCUCUGACGUGCAGGCAAUUUAUUAUAUCCGAUCUCUUUCAUUACUUAAUUCAUCCGGUAAUUUACAAGGAAAAAAAUUGGCUCAGGGAUGAAGUCAUCGAAGGGGAAGCUUCCAUGCACGAGGAGGAUGAGGAGGAUUAAGCUAGUCUGUUGGCUGACUAUUAAACUUUAUAGGAGGGAUUUACUCUGUUUUAAUCACUCGAUAGUCGACCGUCGCUCUUUUGUUUAUUUCGUGUAGAGAUGCAUUUUCUGCUCUCCCUUAUGUUCCUGCUCUUGAUUCUUUGAUGUCACAUUUUAUUUCUGAUUUCUAACUUCUAAUUGUCUCUACUAUUCUUGCUCAAAAACCUGUUUUUGAGCGUUGAGUUGUAUAUUCUAUAUAUAUAUUGAGACAAUACACGUUAUUUUCUUUCAAGUUUUAUAUGAUUGAG